AUGGCGCCUUCCAGGCACCAUGACACUGGUUUGCAGUACCUUACGCCUGACGCUGCCCUCGAAGACAUAAUCCAUCUUAUGAAACGUAAUGGCGCCGUGAUGAUCCGCGGCCUCGUCUCCGUCACGGACCUCGACCAGGCAUACGAUGAAGUCAAAGCCAGGCUGAACGUGGAUCGCGAGUGGGAAGGAGAGUUCUUUCCUAGUGCGUCUUCCUUUCCCUCUCUUUUCUACUCCCCCUCUUCGUUCCUUCUUAAACAGCGAGCAGAAGAAACCAAACGCGUCAACGGCCUCAUCGGCGCGGGCCCAGCCUACACCCGCACCCAGGCCAUGAACUCCCUCUUCCAAUCCCUCUGCACGGCGCUCCUUACGGCCCGGAGCACAUUCUGGUGGGGCGACAUGCGCAAGGAGUCCGUGUCGAAACCGUAUGUGACGGCCGCUGUGGCAAUCCAGAGUGGACCCGGCGGGAAAGCGCAGCCGCUGCAUGGGGAUAGUUAUGUGAAUCAUCGCAUCAUCGCGUCAACAUCCCGCCCAACCGCCCCAGACCCCUCGCUGAUACUAACCCCAACCCUCGGAAAAGGCGAGGCGCUCCUGAUCUUCAGCUCGGUAAUGCACGGCGGAGGCAACAACACGACGACGGGCAACUACCGCCUUGUAUACUCGACGUUCGCCGCACACGGAUACCUGCGGCAGGAGGAGAACCAGUUCCUUGCGGUCCCGCUGGACGUCGUCAAGACGUAUGAUCGGGCCACGCAGCAGUUUAUCGGCUACUAUAUUAGUGAGCCCGCCUGUGGACAUGUCGAGCAGAUGGAUCCGAUUUAUGUGCUUUAUCCAGAAUUGCCUGGUGAAGGGGACCCGAGGGAUUUUUAG